GUGCCUACUAUGCCACCAACUACCAGUCAGCCCAAGACUGGAAAUUCUGUGCCUCAAAUUAGGCAGCUUCUCUCAGAUCUUCAUCAAGGCUCGCGGGCGCCAGAACGGGAGCUUUUCGCAGACAGCCUCCGGGUAUUUAGUCGAGAAUUCGUCACCAAGGAUGGAACACGCGCUCAAGCUCUGAACCAAUGGUCCUCUUCUGUGCAUCAGUCCGGUCUCGAAGAAAUGGCUACCUCUUUCCUGUCGAAAUUUGGCUCAACAUUUUGGCCUUGUGAUCCGACGAUGCCCAGUCACAAUCAGCUCUUGGUUUGGCCGGUGCAUGAACAAAGGCUCAAGGAUGUUCUGAAGCAACUGUUUUACCGAAAAAAUGCGCAUCUGAUAAAGAACACGAAAAGAAAGACCAGGUUGAUGAGAGGAUCGGGAUUCUGGAACGCAUCAUCGGGUGAAGAGCCAAGCUCACACAUGAUUGCGGAAUCUGGAUGUAUUGACCGACAGCGACAAAACAUCCCAGGAGGCAAUGUUUCCAUCAAAAGUGAAAUGGACAAUUAUGACCCAGAGGAAUCCUCGGAGCAACACUCGGAGGCGGACCUUAUCAUAGAAGAGUUCCCCUAUCCCUCAGACUUAGGGACGGAAGUCGCGCAGACAAGACCCAGCAAUUUCUCUUCAAUCCAGCAUGUGGAGGAGAUGGAAACGCAUGAAGAAGAAGACGAAACCUCCUGUCCCGAUUCCGAAAGUGUAAUCAGCGCAGAUUUAGUCGGCGACGACGACGACUACAACCUAGCCUCUUCAGCGUCCAUAAUGAGCGAGUCAGAGUCUUCUCGGCAUUCACCGACGCCCAAGCAGCCUCCAUCGAGACCUGAUGUAGUUUUUCGGCUCAUCGAGUCACGAACUCCAUUUUACGAAGGAUCGCAAUGGUACCCCAUGGGCAACUUUAGUGACAAGACUUUGUCUCAGCUCAAGGAAGAACUGCCUCUGCCAUUCGUCAGCAAAGCGAAAUACUUCGGGUUCACCUUGACCGGGCCUCAGUUUCUGAUGAGGUCAGUGAUCGACAAUACAGACGAGCACAAGUUCCGCGCUACAAAAGUGAAUUUUGGUAGCCUAAUUGGGAAGUGUUUUCUAUCUCAUACAGACUGGGAGAAACCACCAGUCUUCAUUAUAGAGAUUCAAAGAUACGAAUCUCAGGAGAGUGCCGAGCAUGUCGGCCAAGGAGUUUCGGCUGUUACUAUAGACUUUUAA